UAACAUGCAAAGGAUGCAACGAAAGCCCGCGCGUGUCAAAUCGACUGUAAGACAAAGCGUGUAAGGCAAAGCGUGAAUAAGAUGCGAAUUUGACGGAGAGUUUCAUGGUGGGAGAAAAAAAAUGAAAUUCUAAUCUCCCUGAAUUUGCAACUAUAUAACAGUUACCCCGGGCGAUGAAAAUAAAUUACUGUCGUGUUUCUUCUUAGGGCAGCUCAUGGCCGGCAUCCAAAUUUACCGUGUCUAAAUUGAAAAUUUAGUAAAAAUUCCAAUUCAACGACCUAUCUAAAUUUUUAUUGUGCAACAUCAAGAGAGAAACAUUUGGAAACGUUAAAAUGCGCGAGUGUAUAUCGAUGCACGUGGGCCAAGCGGGCGUCCAGAUGGGCAAUUCCUGCUGGGAGCUGUACUGCUUGGAACACGGAAUCCAGCCAGACGGCACGAUGCCGUCCGAUAAAGCCUCCGGUAGCAACAAUUGCUUCAACACCUUCUUCAAUGAGACCAGUUCCGGCAAGAUGGUUCCGCGAGCUGUGAUGGUCGAUCUUGAACCGACAGUUGUGGAUGAAGUACGAAGUGGAGUGUACAAACAAUUGUACCAUCCCGAACAAUUGAUCACCGGUAAGGAGGAUGCCGCAAACAAUUACGCUCGCGGUCACUAUUCCAUCGGAAGCGAGGUCAUCGAGUCGGUGAUGGACAGAGUGCGCAGAUUGACCGAUCAGUGCACCGGUCUGCAAGGUUUCUUCGUCUUCCACUCCUUCGGAGGCGGCACAGGGUCGGGUUUCACGUCUUUGCUCAUGGAAAAAUUAUCCGACGAUUAUGGUAGGAAGAGCAAAUUGGAAUUCGUCAUAUACCCGGCGCCGCAAGUGUCCACCGCUGUGGUGGAGCCUUACAACGCGGUAUUAACAACCCACACGACAAUCGGUCACUCUGAUUGCGCCUUCAUGGUGGACAACGAGGCGAUUUACGACAUUUGUCGGCGGAAACUCGGCAUCGAACGGCCUUUGUACGCGAACUUGAACCGACUGAUCAGUCAAGUGGUCUCCUCCAUUACCGCGUCUCUGAGAUUCGACGGAGCUCUGAACGUCGACCUGACCGAGUUUCAGACGAAUCUAGUGCCCUAUCCCCGUAUACACUUCCCCUUAGCGACCUAUGCUCCGGUGGUGUCCGCCGACAAGGCCUACCACGAGGGCUUGUCAGUCGCGGAGAUCACCUCGGAGUGCUUCGAACCUUCCAAUCAGAUGGUUAAAUGCAACCCGCGAGAGGGCAAGUACAUGGCCUGCUGCCUUUUGUAUCGCGGCGACGUCGUUCCUAAAGAUGUCAACGCCGCAAUCGCAGCCAUGAAGGGCAAAAGCUGCAUCCGCUUUGUCGACUGGUGUCCCACGGGUUUCAAAGUCGGGAUUAAUUACCAGCCACCCACGGCAGUGCCGGGCGGCGAUCUCGCGAAGGUUCAGCGAGCUGUUUCUAUGCUGUCCAACACAACUGCUAUAGAGGAAGCGUGGGCCAAACUCAAUCACAAGUUUGACCUAAUGUACAAUAAACGGGCCUUCGUCCACUGGUAUGUGACCGAAGGUAUGGAGGAAUUCGAAUUUGCGGAGGCACGGGAGGAUCUUGCCGCGCUUGAGAGAGAUUACGAAGAAGUCGCCUUAGAAUCACCAUCCACACCAGACGUGCCGUUGGAGUAUUAAUGCGCGACUUUGCAGAAUUUUUAAUAGGCCGGCAUACUUUCGCUACCCGACAUUUAGGCGGAAAUUAUACAUAAAGGAAGUCAUAUAUCAUUUUGUUAAAUUUCGUAUGAAAAAAUAUUUGAUAUUUAUUUUCGUAUAAUUGUUAUACUUAUUUUUUGUAGGAAGAUGUUUUUCUUCUGUAAAAGUCUAUUUUGGCAAAUACAAAAAUACAUAAAUUGA